AUGGCUCUUGCUCUUCUUAAACUUGUAGUUCCAACCUCUUCUCUUUACACUUCAACUAGGAUACCAUCUCAAAGCUGUGCAUCAUCACAAUCUGCUGCUUCCAUUGAUCAUGGCCGAGCUUUGCGCACCAUUCGAUGCAUUAGUUUGAGCCAAACUUGUGAUCUGACGAUUGGAGAUAUAUAUGUAAAGGGUGCUGAAAAGUUGAAGGAAGAAGUGAAGAGAAUGCUUGCAGAAGUGGUGGAUCCAUUGGGUGGACUUGAGAUGAUUGAUGACUUGCAAAGGCUUGGAGUGUUUUAUCACUUUGAAGAUGAAAUAAAGAGAGUGUUGGACAAUAUUAGAAAUGAUGAUAAGUGGAACAAUAAGGAUUUACAUUCUACAGCUCUUCAAUUUAGGCUUUUGAGACAACAUGGGUAA